AUCACAAUUACUAAAACCCACCAAUUUCUUUAUAACAAAGCUUCCUUCUUCACCAGCAAUCAGAAUCCAAAAAUUCACCAUGCUCCCUUUCUAUCUCUACAUUUUCUUUAUCAUUUCUCUCCUCCGCAAUCUUCCAUCCACCAUUUCCCGACCAACACCAGAAUUUUCACAAGCGGAACCAACUAUCAGUAACUACAAAACCUACACGUGGCAGAAUUUCAGUAGCUUCCUUAAUGCCAGCAGAGGCAGCCACAUCAGCGGGAUGUCCCACCUUAAAAAAUACUUCCACCAUUUCGGUUAUCUUCCGUUACGAGACGUCGUUAACCUAACGGAUAACUUCGACGCUCGAUUCGAAUCGGCGGUUCUCCGGUAUCAGACUAAAUUAGGUCUUCCGGUCACCGGUAAGCUUGACUUUCUCACCAUAUCACAGUUAAUGGCGCCACGAUGCGGUGUAUCCGACACGGUGCACAAACUACAUACUUCAAGAAAUUAUGUUUAUUUUCCGGGGAAACCUAGGUGGGGUCGGAACAUACCUAUGAAUCUAACGUAUGCAUUUUCGCCGGAGAAUUUGAGCAGUUCUUUAAAGAUAUCGGAUUUAAAAGAGGUUUUUAGUCGUGCUUUUAGUAAGUGGGCAUCAGUAACUCCGGUGAGUUUUCUGGAGACAAGUGAUUACAAUUUCGCCGACAUCAAAAUAGGAUUUUACAGCGGCGACCAUGGCGACGGAGAGCCGUUUGACGGAAUAUUAGGAGUAUUAGCGCAUUCAUUUUCACCGGAGACCGGUAAGCUUCAUCUCGACGCAGCAGAAACAUGGGCAAUUGAAUUCAAAAAAGAGAAAUCAAAAGUUGCAAUAGAUUUAGAAUCGGUGGCUGUGCAUGAAAUCGGACAUUUGUUAGGGUUAGCUCACUCUUCCGAUAAAGAAGCGGUGAUGUAUCCGAGUCUAAAACCUAGAAAGAAAAAAGUUGAUUUGAAUGUUGAUGAUAUACAAGGAAUUCAAGCUCUUUAUGGAUCAAACCCUAAUUACACAGUUGGUUCUUUGUUAGAGUCUGAUAUUUCUACGAAUCAAGCCGUUCAGCUAAGAAUCAUGUGGAUUACGUCUUUAACACUGAUCGUAUGCAUGCUUAUUUUCUGCAUGUAGUUUGUGCGAGAUAGAUAAAUUUUCUACGUAUAUAAUGUUCAUAUUCUUUUGCUCGAUGUAAUUCUAUAUAGACAUUAACUCUUCGAUUGAUUUUUCUUUUUUAUUAUAUGAAGGUUAUUAUGACAUUAUUAAUAUUAGUA